UUUCUUCCUUGUUUUGCAUAAAAACUAUUGAGCAAACCAAGAAAUCCCAUGAGAACAUUUUGUAAAGAAUUGCUUUAUAUAUGUCAAGCUGUGAAUGGAAGAUUGUUUCCUGAAAAGGGAAACCAGUCUGCUGAGAAAUGUCGCAACUCAACCAUAUUUAAAGGGAAUAACAUGCUCAGUUAGUAAAAUCCUGCAAGAAGCUCCUGGUUCUAGAAGGAAGUUCUGCACCAAGAUGAUGAAGAUAUUCCUGCUGUUUGCAGUAUUGAUCCCUUCUCAGUGCACAAGUGCUCAGUCAUGUACAGUUGAUAAUGUGAUUAACUUGAUGAUCAAGUCAUCCACUGACUCACUAGUGUCUUCAAUCCUGUCAAAAGUCGAUCUUACUUGCACCAAUGUAGUGUCACGUGGGGCUGAUGUUUCCUGUCCUUCAGGUUACAAGGCCACUGCUUGUGCCUGUGGAAUGGCUUGUGGAUCCUGGGAUAUCCGUGGUAAUUCUGAUUGUCACUGCCAGUGUCAGAACAUUGACUGGACUUCAGCCCGGUGUUGCAGAUUUGCUCUUGUUGGCUGAUAGUGCCUCAGAAGCAUACUGGCUAUUUGACUGUAGCAGCUAUGGUCAAUAAAAGCAUUUAUCAUUUGUUAAAAUAAAAGCAUCUAUCAUUU